AUGAUAAUUUCAGGGUUCACACAGAAAAAGAGGUGAGAACCUAUUAUGUCAUUAAAUUAUUUUAUUGUUAUUAAUUACAAUUUAUGUGUCUUUUCUGAAAAAUGUUAAACUUUUUUUUUUUUUUUUUUUUUUUUUUUUUUAUUUUUUUUUUUUUUUUUUUUUUUUUUUGGUAAUGAUUUUAUGGUUUCUUUGAUAUGACAUUUAAAUACAGAAAUACCUAUAACACUCACAAGGUUAGGUUCAAGAACCCAUAAUGGAUAAUGAGGAAUUGCAAAUAUUUGGUACAAGUCACUAUUAAUGUCAAUAAAUGUUAAAUAUUACGUAAAUCAUGCCCCAAAGUCACUAAAAUUCUAUUUAAAAAGUAGCUUAAAAAAUAAUGUAAGUGUUUGACGUAAAAUAAAAACAAACAAAAAAUAAAUGGUUGACGUAAAAAUAGAGUACAGUAUUGCCUAAUUGCUAUGCCAGACUGGUACAUUUACUGUACAGUAUACUAAUGUUACCCAUAAAGAUUACUAAUUCAUUGGCUGCCGUUUUUGAAAAAUUGAUAAAUUACUUAAAAAAUCAAACAUAAAAACAUCUGUAGGGUUUUUUGAAUAUUUCACAAAUUUCACAGAUCUGUGAAAAAAAUCACAAAUGCAAACUUUGGUUCCAAUACUGUUUUUAACUUAAUUCUUGUACAUAAUUCUAACUAAGUUGGUUUUUAUUCGCAACAAUCCAACCUUUGUUUGAAUAUAAUGGAUUCUAAAUUAACAUACCAUAGGGGAGCAGCUUUUAUUGUGGUUUCAUAUACCUUCUUGAGAUCCAUAGACAGACUACAUUGGCUCCAUAAAUGGUCAAAAAUUUUAGUUUAACUGUCCUCACUCAAAAAUAAAUUAAAUUUUUGUUGUUAAUAAUUUUCACUUUGCUUUAACUGAGGACCAUAGAAUCAAGGGGGGGAGGGGUGGUGGGCUAAGAACUCUUAGUGUAAUGAACUUGUUUUUUUUUACUUCAAGCCUGAAUCACUUUAUUUUAUCAUCAUCCAGCUUUAGCAACCUUGAAGAUGUCAGCACCAACAUCCCAGGUCUGCACACUCACUGUAUGAGAUGCAGGCAAGUCAGCUGUUCUCAGUUUGUUGACAAUGUCACUGCUUGCGUCAUGGUCACGUGCGAAGCGUGUGGCUGGAGGUGUCAUGAGUGCAAGCAAGCAGAGCAUGUUUUGUCCUGUCCAGAGGAGCGUGUUUCAUGCGUGAACAAGGAGUAUGGCUGCCCACAUGUAUUGAAAAGAUCCAAGAUGGCUGCCCAUUUAUCUGUUUGUCCAGCGAGCGUUGUGUGCUGCGUUGAAGAAUGGUGCAGGUAUGUAUUGUUGAAGUAACAACUAAAAGGGCAAAAAUCCCUACAAUGUUCCCCCCAAAUAGCAAACAAGAUCACGAAAUGAUAGCACAAGAAUUUAGCUCUUCUACUCGAACAUUUUUGCUUCAUGGUCCAUUUGCAAAAGAGGCCAUUUAAACAAAAAUGUUAUCAAGUAACAAUAACCAAAAACAAAUUAUUAAAAGGAAACAAUGGCGUAAUUCAAAUUUGGUAUACUACUUUUGAUUAUAUUUUGACAAAAAAUUAUGGUUAAACACUGCACGUCAGAUUUCCUUUGAACUAAGAGAUUUUUCACCAUACUCAUAUAUUUUUUCCAAUGAAAGGUGACAUUGUUGUAUUAAUUAAAUAAAACUAUAAAAUAUCUCUUGCUAACAACUUGUGACUAAUUUAUGGCUAAUAGGAAAUAUCAUGGCUACAUUUUUUAUAAACUCAUAAAUAUAUUUUCUCAUAUUCUUUUAGAUGGCCCAUGCAUGCUAAAGACAAAGGUAUACGUAUGCCACUACCAACAAAGAAGACAUACCUUGAUUGUGGACAGUUGGAUGUCGGCCUAGCCAUGAGGGAUCAACGAAUGCUGAUAGGUUCCCUUCAAGCCCCACGUAAGCUGCGCCACACUCUCAGGAACUCUUUGACUAAAAAGUAUCCUGCCGCUCCUCUGACAUACCACAGUGCCUCCUUUGAUUCUGAUCCCGCUGCUUCAGCGGAUACCUCACAUACAGUUUCGGAUGAUGAAACUGAUGCACCAUGGGAUCUUUCAAAGCCACACCCAGGCUUAAUGGAAAGCAUCAGAAGUCGUUUGUUUCGGGUGACUAAAGAGACAACAGACAGUCUAAUAAGUGCUUUGGAAAUUUCAUCCAAUGCAUUGUCAACAGCUCCAGGUAAACUAGCGGGAAUAUCAGAGUCAGGAGAUGGCUGUUGUGUUGAACCAGCAGUUGGGACUGAAGGUGCAAAACAUGUCUUGCAACGAUCUUUUUCAGCAAGCAGUGCUGGCAAUGCUCCAAGUGGAGAUUUGACGAUCGAUACAAAAACUGAUCAGCAAAUCCCUUCAAGGAGUAGUGUAUCUGCUGAACGAUCCAUUAGGUCGUUGGACUCAGGAGAUAGGUCAGUCAGAACAUCCCAGUCGGCCGACCGCUCUGCGAGGAGUAGUCUUUCAUCUGACAGGUUCAGCGAGGCCAGUACAAGAUCAAAAUCCACGCUUCAUGAUGUAGGGGGCACCCAGCUGUACAAGCUGCUGGGCUGCCAGUCUGAGGAAGGACAAGAAGUCCACCUGGCUUCCAUGCUUGGGGUUAACAUUGGGUUUGAGUGCAUCAACAAAUAUGUGAUUAAAAAUCCAAGCAUCUAUACAUUCAUCUGUGCUCAGAAUUUCAGGCGUGACGAGUAUAGGUGGCAUUUCAAGGUAGGCAUUUAGGUUAUUUUAUAAUGACUUUAAAAGUAAUAUUAUUCAAAGCACAUUUAAUUUGUCACAAAUGAUUUUUUUAUAUUAUUUAAAGGUAAAGAAAAUGCCAAGUGACAAUUUUGCAAACAUCUCCCUAGACUAGUGGUAUGCAACCUUUUUGGUGGGGACCCUUUUUGGUGGGGACCCUUUUUGGUGGGGACCCUUUUUGGUGGUGACCCUUUUUGGUGGUGACCCUUUUUGGUGGGGACCCUUUUUGGUGGGGACCCUUUUUGGUGGUGACCCUUUUUGGUGGUGACCCUUUUUGGUGGUGACCCUUUUUGGUGGUGACCCUUUUUGGUGGGGACCCUUUUUGGUGGUGACCCUUUUUGGUGGUGACCCUUUUUGGUGGUGACCCUUUUUGGUGGUGACCCUUUUUGGUGGGGACCCUUUUUGGUGGUGACCCUUUUUGGUGGUGACCCUUUUUGGUGGUGAUCCUUUUUGGUGGUGACCCUUUUUGGUGGUGACCCUUUUUGGUGGUGAGGAUUGAACUCCUUGUUUUAUCUAUUCUCAGAAUGUUCACCAAGAAAUUUACUCAGGUUUCAGUGGAUGGCUGGAGCAGCGAUGUCCUCUGGCGUACAUGGGCUGCACCUUCUCAUAUCAUCGAAUGGAGCCAGCUCAGCCCAACAGGGCUCUGUAUCAUUCACCACUGCUGGAGAGCUUUGGCCUCCGCAGCACCGUCCAGCCGAUGAAAUCAUCUUGCUCACACCACCAUGGCUCAAUG